AGCCCGCCUGCAGACAAGCGGCAGGCGCCAGCGGCUCAGCGUAGCAGAGCAAAGCCCCAUGGCCUCGGUGAUCGAGUGGGGUGCAGAGGCAGCGGGCAGCCCCGCCGCCUGCUACCGGGAGCUGAGCCGGUUCCCUGCCGUCACUCGUGCUGCCCUGGGGGCCCCCGCGGGGGGACAGACCUUCCUGCUCUACACUGAGUGCAGCCGGCCCGACCUGUCCCGCCGCCGGCUCCUGCGCUUCAGCCGCCACUACAGCCUGUGGCACACCGGCGAUGGCGGCAUCACCGUCAGCCGGGCCGCGCUCAGCGCCGAGAUCCACCACCAGCUCCUCAGCCAGGACUCGCCCUCCGGGCAGCACCGUGCCGUGCUCAGCCGGUGCCCGCGGCAGGGCCACGAGUUGCUGGAGGUGUGGGGCACCAGCGGGCGCAGCCACAGUGUGGACCUCACGGCACUGGGGAAGCACGGGGAGGUCUACACAGAGGGACCCUUUGCCUGCCUGGCCUGGUCCCACUCAGAGAUGCGGCUGCUUUAUGUGUCUGAGAAGAGCCAGCCCAAACCACGGCCCCCCUGCCCCUGGGAUGUUCCAGGGGCAAUCUGGCUGGCCGAGGAGGACAACAAUGAGGAGGGGGAGCAGUUCCUGUACCGCGAGGACUGGGGAGAGAUGCUGACCACCCGCAGCGUGCCCGUCCUCUGCACCCUGGACAUGGAGGGCAGCAGCAUCUCGGUGCUGGAGGGCAUCCCAGAACACCUCUCCCCUGGCCAGGCCUUGUGGUCUCCAGGUGACCGUGGUGUGGUGUUCGUGGGCUGGUGGCAUGAGCCCUUCCGCCUGGGGCUGAGCGCUUGCUCCAACAGGAGAUCAGGGAUUUUCCACCUGGACCUGGCCAGUGGGAACUGUGAGCUACUGUCAACUGAGCACAGAGCUGCCUUCUCCCCCCGGCUGAGCCCUGAUGGGCACCACCUGCUCUACUUGGAGGGGGCACUGGGAGGGCCCCACCGGCAGUGCCUGCGUCUGUGCAUGCUCUCCUGGCAGACAAGGCAGAUCGUGACGGUCCUUGAUGUGGUGCAGGAGCCCACAGAGGCCUUCACUGGGCUCUACAGGGAGACACUGCCACCACGGUGCUGGGCAGCUGACAGCCGUCGAGUUGUGCUGGGAACCCCGCAGCGGAGCCGCACUGACCUGCUUCUUGUGGACACAGAGACUGCAACUGUCACCAACCUCACAGCAGGGUCACCUGAAGGCUGCUGGGAGCUGCUCACACUCCAGUGGGACCUGCUGGUGGCCACCUGCUCAGCCCCACACCGUCCACAUAACCUGGUGGUAGCUGUGCUGCCACCAGCAGGUCAGGAGCUGCCCCUCCGCUGGGUGCCUGUGGAGGACACCCCAAUGGUACCUGGUGUCACCUGGAAGACCCUGACAGUCCAACCACCCUGCACUGCCAAGCCCUUCGAGGCCCUCCUGCUGAGCCCAUCAGACAGCACCGUGCCACACCCCCUGGUCGUGUGUCCCCACGGUGGCCCUCACGCUGUCUUUGAUGCCCGCUGGCGACCAGGGAUGGCUGCACUGUGCCAGCUGGGCUUUGCUGUGCUCCUGGUGAACUACCGUGGCUCCCUGGGCUUUGGCCAGGCCAGCAUCAACUCCCUGAUCUCCCGUGUGGGCGAGCAGGAUGUGGCAGACACCCAGCUGGCAGUGGAGCAGGUCCUGCGCAGCGAGGCCCUGGACCCACACCGCCUGGCCCUGCUGGCCGGCUCCCAUGGAGCCUUCAUUGCCCUCCACCUCCUCACCCACGAGCCCAAGCGCUACCGAGCCUGUGCCCUGCGCAGCCCUGUCUCCAACCUGCCUGCACUGCUGGGUACCUCUGACAUCCCUGACUGGCGAUACACCUCCCUGGGGCUGCCCUACUCCUUUGAGCGGGUGCCCUGCACUGAGGACAUGGCUGCCAUGCUGCUCCGUUCACCCAUCGCUCAGGCAGCCCAGGUUCGGACACCGGUGCUGCUGUGCGUGGGUGCUCGUGAUCGGCGUGUCAGCCCCACACAGGCACUGGAGCUGUACCGGGUGCUGCGGGCCAGGGGGGUGCCAGCACGGCUGCUGUGGUACCCAGAGGGCGGCCACGCGCUGACCGGCGUGGAGACAGAGGCCAAUGUCUUCAGGAACUGUGCCCGCUGGUUCCUUCAGCACCUGGGGCAGCCCCAGCAGGGUGGGACAGGCCAGCACAGCCCCUAGUGCCCUCGGUGGCCCUGCCGCUGUGCCAGCCUGGGGUGACCAUUGGCCCCAGGGACCACAGCAGGAACAGAGGUGGAUGGAGUGAGCACAGCCAGGGCAGGAUGGGAUGUGGGUUGGGGUUUGGCAUUAAAUAAAUGAGCAGGACCCCAGGCAGUGUCAGUCCCUGAAGCCA